CAGUGCCCCGGGUCCGCCCCGCACGGCCGGGAGGAGCCGCCGCCGCGGGCACCGGCAGCGGCACCGGCAGCGGCACCGGGAGCGGCGGCACCAUGGCCGCGGAGAUCGAGGCGCAGCGGGAGCUGCAGUAUGAGCAGACCCUGAUGUAUGGCCGCUACACGCAGGACCUGGGCGCCUUUGCCAAGGACGAGGCAGCCCGGCUGCGGCUACAGCAGGGCCACGGGGAGGGGGACACCCCCCGGCCGCGCCGCCCCUCUGAGCUGCUGGAGUACACCCAGGGACGCUGCGCCUCCUGCCGCGUCUGCGCCCUGCAGUGCCAGCGGUUCUUCAUCUCCAAGGUGGGCGAGGACUGGGUCUUCCUCAUCCUCCUGGGGCUGGUCAUGGCGCUGGUGAGCUGGGCCAUGGACUUCGCCAUCGCCACCUGCCUUCAAGCCCAGAAGUGGAUGUACGGGGGCCUGGACACCAACGUGCUGCUGCAGUACCUGGCCUGGGUCACCUACCCCACCGUGCUCAUCACCUUCUCCGCUGGCUUCACCCAGAUCCUCGCCCCACAGGCCGUGGGCUCGGGGAUCCCUGAGAUGAAGACCAUCCUGCGGGGCGUCGUGCUGAAGGAGUACCUCACCCUCAAGACCUUUGUGGCCAAGGUGAUCGGGCUGACGUGUGCCCUGGGCAGCGGAAUGCCCCUGGGCAAGGAGAGGGAGGAGCGGGCACCGUCCUCUGGAGGGGUAACCUCUGCUCUCCUCCUCUCCCCGCGCUCCAGGGAGCUCCUGGCCCCGCUGAGCCCUGCCCGUAGGUUGGUGAUGUCUCUAACUCUUCCCUUGCUCCCUGCCUGCUCCGUCCGCCCAUCUGUCCGUCUGUCUGUCCCUCUGUGUGUGUGUCCCACCACCCCACCCCAGUGUCACCCGCCGUGUCUCUUGCUCAUGUCCCUGUGCUACCCUCUUGCUCGCAGUGACUCCUGCCCCCACCGUGCCCGCUGCUGCCACCAAACGGGGACCAGCCCUUGCCCCCCCCAAAAAGUGUCAGCAUGGUGCUGGCUGGACCCCCAGUGUGGGGUUGGGGUUGGGGGGGAUUGUGCCGGGCAGCAGGGGCCUGCCUGGGUUUCGCUGCCUCCCUCGUGUCCCUCUCUCCCGGUGCCAGGCGUCCUCUUCAGCAUCGAGGUCACCUCCACCUUCUUUGCUGUCCGCAACUACUGGCGCGGUUUCUUCGCCGCCACCUUCAGUGCCUUCAUCUUCCGCGUCCUCGCCGUCUGGAACAAGGAUGAAGAGACAAUCACGGCACUGUUCAAGACCCGCUUCCGCCUCGACUUCCCCUUUGACCUGCAGGAGCUGCCCGCCUUCGCCGUCAUCGGGAUCGCCAGCGGCUUCGGGGGUGCGCUCUUUGUCUACCUCAACCGCAAGAUCGUGCAGUUCAUGCGCCGGCAGAAGACCAUCAACCGCUUCCUCAUGAAAAAGCGCCUGCUCUUCCCUGCCCUGGUGACACUGCUCAUCUCCACGCUGACCUUCCCGCCCGGCUUCGGACAGUUCAUGGCAGGCCAGCUCACCCAGAAGGACACCCUGGUGACUCUGUUCGACAACCAGACGUGGGCCAAGCAGGGGCUCAGUGAUGAGUUUGAGUACUUGGGCAUCCUGGAGGCCUGGCGCCACCCCCGCUCCAACGUCUUUGUCACCCUUGUCGUCUUCAUCCUCAUGAAGUUCUGGAUGUCGGCCCUGGCCACCACCAUUCCAGUGCCCUGUGGAGCCUUCAUGCCCGUGUUCGUCAUCGGGGCGGCCUUCGGGCGGCUGGUUGGGGAGAGCAUGGCAGCCUGGUUCCCCGACGGCAUCCACACCGACAGCAACAUCUACCGCAUCGUGCCGGGGGGCUACGCCGUGGUGGGGGCUGCCGCACUGUCGGGCGCCGUCACCCACACCGUAUCCACGGCCGUCAUCGUCUUCGAGCUGACAGGGCAGAUCUCGCACAUCCUGCCCGUCAUGAUCGCUGUCAUCCUGGCCAACGCCGUGGCCCAGAGCCUCCAGCCCUCCCUCUACGACAGCAUCAUCCGCAUCAAGAAGCUGCCCUACCUCCCCGAGCUGGGCUGGGGCCACCACGAGAAGUACAACGUGCGAGUGGAGGACAUCAUGGUGCGGGACAUCCGCUACGUCACCCUCAACUGCAAGUACCGGGACCUACAGCAGGUCCUGCAGGGCACCAAGAUGAAGAACCUGCCACUGGUGGAGUCGGCAGAGUCCAUGAUCCUGCUGGGGUCCAUCGAGCGGGCGCAGGUGGCGGCCCUGCUCGGCCACCAGCUCAGCCCCGAGCGCCGGCUCCUGGCCCUGCGGCGGAAGACACUGGCCUUGGACAGGCACCGGCUCUCCGACGCCAGCAUCUGCUUCCAGGUGAGGGGGGAGAGCCCGCCCCGAGGGAUGCCCGGCCAUGGUGCCCAGGGCACGGCCUAUCGUAAGGCCAAGCACGUCCGCAUUUCCAUCUCGGAGGACCUGGACCUGGGUGACAGGAUGACCGCCACAGAGAUCCUCGAGUGGGAGGAGGAGCAGCUGGACGAGCCAGUGGACUUCAGCAGCGCCAAGAUCGACCCCGCACCCUUCCAGCUGGUGGAGCACACCUCCCUGCACAAGACCCACACCAUCUUCUCGCUGCUGGGCUUGGACCACGCAUUCGUCACCAGCAUCGGGCGGCUGGUGGGCAUGGUGUCCCUCAAGGAGCUGCGCAAGGCCAUCGAGGGCUCGCUGACGGCCAAGGGGGUGAAGGUGCGGCCGCCGCUGGCCAGCUUCCGGCACAGCCUGGCCAGUGCGGACGAGCCCGACACCACGGCCCUGCGCCAGCUCUGGGACCGACACCACCGACACCACAUGCCCCGCGAGGCCGGGCCCGGGGGCGACGGCGACGACGCCACCCCCAAGGGACAGUGAGACGGGGGGCUGUGCGUCCCCCCUACCUGUCCCUGCUUGCCGCAGGAGGGAGGGGGAUGCCCACCCCGUGCUGAGCUUGACAGGGGGCAGGCACCCUCAAUCCAGUGCUGAUGCCCCCCCGCCAUGCCAGGGGGUGGCCAGGUGCCCCCCCAGCCUGCCUGUGCCCCCCCCACACCACCCUGCCAGCUCUCGGGGCUCCCCACUUCGCUACCUCUUCCUCCCCUCCCCAGCCCUGGCACGGCCACCCCCCUCCUGCACCCGCAGGACGGGCACCCCGGUGUCCCUGCUUGGGGUGGUGGCGGCACAUGGGGUGCCAGGCCGGGGUGCCCAGGGAGACACGGGUGGGCACAGCCCCGUCCCCAUCACCUCGGGGUGGCACACGGGGUGCCUUCAAGCACACAGGUGGGCACAGCCCCCUCCCCAGUGCCUCAUGGCUGGGAAGGGGGGGUCCUGCUGCCUCUUCACUGUGCCCCCCCCCCCCUCCCCUUCUGUGUAAAUACAGAGAUUUUUAUAUUAAUUUAA